CCCCACUCUGAGUGGGGCAGUCUCCAAAGCGCGGGCUAAGGUUCAAGUUGCAUUUUAGAUGCGAACGAACGCACGUCGUUUUCGGUUAGUGGUCAUGAACUAAGUUUCGUGAAAUUUGGCAACUUCUGCGAAGGGAAACAGGGUCGAGUGAUUGUAAUAUUUCGUUGUGAGCUCUACGAUCCAUAGAGUUGGAUCCGUUCGAGAUGAAACGAUUGCCCCGGCUCUUUCUUCAAUUCUUGUUCCUCGCCUCGAUCGUGGCCUCGAGUUUAUCAGCGUCGACGAGGUCUCGGGGGAAGAAGAAGGUUGCCAUGGAGGUGAAAGACUCCAACAUAUGCGAGAUAAAGGGGAUGCAGGCCCCCAUGUAUUGUUACUGCAACAACAACGAGUUGAGAAACGCAACCGACGCCACUUGCGUCAUAUUAAACCCGUUCACCAACAGCGACCCGACGUGGAACAACUUCGACUCGCAGAUCUACCUGCAAAAGCUCAAGUUCGUAGUGCGGACGCCCAACGGAUUGGAUUAUAUACCCGUCCAGUCGCUCGCGCUGCUCAAGAACUUGCAAAUUAUCACGAUUCAGGACGCAAGCAUCAACGUGAUCCCGGAAUACGCGUUUUCAAACCUGCCCAUCAUCACCGAGAUCAAUUUAAGCAGGAACUCCAUCUCCACUCUCAAAGUGCACGCGUUCGCGAAUAUGAAAAAUCUGACCAUCGUUUAUCUCAACGAGAACAGGAUCACCGAGAUAAAUAGGGACGUGUUCGUCAAUCUGCCCUCCAUGAAGAAUCUCUAUCUGAACGAGAACAACAUCAAUACGUUGCACGACAAGGCGUUCAAGCACCUCACCUCUCUAAAGGAACUGGACCUGUCCAACAAUCAGAUAAAGGUGAUCACCGCGGACAGUUUUCACGGGUUGACGAGUUUGAUCAGUUUGAAUCUGCGGGGCAAUUUAAUCGCCAUGAUCGGCGAUCGAACGUUCAUCGAGAUGCCCUCGUUGACGGAGUUGGAGCUGGAUCAGAACGAGAUCAAAUACAUCACGGAGAAAGCGUUGGACGGGAUGAGGAAUCUGAAGCAACUCACGCUCAGCGAGAACGAGUUGGUAACACUGGAGCCGGAUUUCCUGGCCGGGGCGCCAGCUGUGUACAUGCUCAAUCUGAGGGACAAUAAACUCAAGACCAUGACCUUCGACAAUAUCAAGCCUAUCGUGACCAACUUGUACAACACUACCAGCCACUUCUAUCUGAGCGGCAAUAAACUGAUCUGCGAUUGCAAACUAGCGUGGAUCUGGGGUCUCAGGAACGAGACGAAGAACGUAAAGCUGCGGGACUCUCUGGAGGAGCUUACUUGCUUCUUGGAGAGCAAUAACGCAACGCUGAAGAUGAACAACAAGGAAGAUCUGGAAUGGAACGAGGCGCUCGAGAAUGCACGAAACGCUGAGGAAUAUCGGAGCGGGAAUUCGAGAGACGGCAGUAUCGAGGACGAUGACGCUUACAUGGGCGACGAGUACGAGAGUAAAGACGGAUACGAGGAUUCCUCCUCGAAUUCCGAUUUUCAACCAAAGGUACAGAUGGUGGAGGGUAAGCUGUGCUACGUGAAGAACCUGUUCGAGCUGAAACUGGAGGAGCUUCCGUGCCCAGAGCCCUCGAGGGAGGAUCUAAUGGCGUCCGAGCAACCUUCGAGUCGGCACGAGAACGCUCGCGUCGGCUCCUCGGGUUCCAUAUGGUUCUCAUCCUCGGCCGCUCUUAUUCGCCUUCACCUGUCCGUCCUUUUGUACUCCCUUCUCCCGCUCCUGUCGGUCCUGUUCACGUAGAACCGGCUUUAUUCGCCGCCAACCAGCACAUCGCCGGAAGGACGACCAUCCGUCUCCGAGAAAAAGGACGGUUCUCGAUAUCUCGAUACGUAAAAAUACCUGCAUAACCGUGAAUAAUCGUGCGCGAGGUGCGCGAAAUCUCCUCGCACGAAAAUCAAAAAUUUCGUUAAGCUUUACGCUCUUUCCAUCAAGACGUUAAUUAACGCGGGAUAGAAAUAGUUUCUCCAGAUUUUUCAAACGUCGAUCGUAAUCGUAACAAUAGGAAACGAAAAAGAUUUUUUUAGAAUCCUCGAUCGGAUCGAAACUCGAUCCGAGUCGUUAGAAAUUUAUCAUCGAGUGUAAAUUAUAUACGCGCGCGAUUAUCAUUCAAGAGCGUCGUUAGAUUAUCGAAGAAUAGAAAUAGAUCGAAGGUCGAGUAGGAGUAGUAUCGCCGAUAUCGGUUCACCUAGCGGAAAAAAAGAGGGAGCGAACGGGAUGGAUCUGAUCCACGUUGCGAGGAAGACGCGUCGAAAACGCGUCGUGGGAUUAUAUCGAAUUCCGCGGGAUGUAUCUCGAUAUAUCAUAUCUCGAGACGAUAAAACACCAAAAUUGUUCGAUUCCCGUUUUUCUAUAAGCACAACGUACGUUUAUAAGGCUGCUUUUAAUAACUGCUAUUUUUCAUUUUCGUAAUUUCGUAUCGCUAACUUUUUCGCGCCGAUCUUUCUCAUUGAUGUUCGUGAACAAGUUUGUAAAUAUUGUCCGUCAGAAACGGUCUUCGUGCGUUCUUAAGAGAGAGAAAAAAAAAACAUUGUAAGAUAAAACCUUCUUAUAUACGCUCCUUCUUUUAUACUUUUACACGGAUCUAAUCUAAUAUCGAAGGUUCGAAGAUCGAAAUUUACCAAGUUGCGACGAAUAUCAUUUAACGAAACGAAUUUAGCCAUUAGUAGAUCGUGAAACGUUCGUGAAAUCGAUCGUUUCGUACAACUCGAUAUCGAUUAAUUAAAAGAGGCCGGGAAAAUGUUGGGGAAAUAGCGUUAAUAAGUUUCAUUUUCGAAUUCUACCCGCGUAAAAUUUUUUUCCGCGUUAAAUAAAAAGUGGAUAAUCAACAAAAUUUAGACUUGAUGUCGAUCGAGUGUGAAUUCGCAAAGAUAGAAAUAGAAACGAGACUCGUAUCGCGAUCGAUUUUAGGAUAAGGAAAAAAAUAUAAAUCAAGAUUCGUUUCAUCAAUCACGGGGUAACGAUUUGUAAUCGAUUAAUUUAAUUACACAUAUCAUCAAGGAAUUCCCAGAAAACGGGGAGGGGGGUGGAGGAGAAUAAAUCAAAAAUUCCAUCAGUAAUCCAAUAUUUCCAAUUCAUCAAAAAUAUUACUCGCGAUUAUACACAAUGCGGAACGUGUUCGAAGGAUCGAUUUCAGAGGCCGAAAUAAACGCGAAGGUUGAUAUUUUACAAAAAUUUUUGGGCGCAUUUUGAUAAGUUAUAAGUAAAUAAUUUAAAUUCGCAUUAGAGGAAAAGAGAGAGAACGAUCUACACAACUUUGCUCACAACUUAAGAAUAAGUAAGUGUCGGAUCGAACAUCAUUUUUGUAUUUUUUCAAUACUUUUGCGUUCAUUUUGAUCUGUCAGAGAUGGACGAAAGAUGUCGUUACUCAAUCAACGCUUUGUAAAAAUCAACGUUUCGAUAUCUACUUGUAUCUUUCCAUUUUCACGAAGACUCUUCUGACCGAAUUCUAAUUCAUCGCACUUUAACACAAACUACAAACGUUUCCCUAAAUAGACGCGCGCGCACGUAUAAUAUAUUAAAAUUGUUCGAACGAGUCGACAAUUUCUGAUCAGCCGCAUCCUCGCGAGACUCUCGGAAGUUGAGCGGAAACGGAAAUUGAUCGUGAAUACGAAGCUUACGAGUCAAUUCCCCGUGCGAUCGCGCUGAUUUUACCAUUAUGGAUCGCCCUCCGUUCCUUUUCUAUUCAUCCGUUGAUCGACCAAUAUUUAAUCCUAUUAAUUACCAUAGGAUCAAAUAUCGAUAAAUGAUUCUCUUUACCGGGAAAAUCGAGAAACUAAUCUCUAAUCAGAUUUAAGUAUCGAGCCGCUUGAUAUAUCGAUUAUCCUCACUUUUAUUUCUACUUUAUGUCAUUAAUCCAUCGAAUCGUUCGCGACUUUUCAUCAUUUUAUUCCUUUCAUUCGUGAAUAUCGAUCGAUCGAUACAAGUACCUAAUAAUCACAUGAUCGUCGAACAAAUCGUCGUUUUCGACGUUUCACUAGUCAAGACGCGUUAUCGUAGCGUUCGGAUUCUAAUUAGCGUUGAACGAAAGGAAGUGAUUGGCGUGAUUGGCGAUCGGGUAGCAAGGGAAGCAGGAACGAAAGAAAAAAAGAAAACGCAAUUGAUCUUUUUUAUAAUCGGUUUAAAAGAAAGAAAAAAUUGUAUAUCGUGAAUGUUGAAAAAUCAAAGAAAGAAAAGAAGAAAUUUCAAAUUUUGAUUCGAUACGUAAUAUCUUCGCUGCUAAAUCCUCGACUCGCGAUCGAAUUUGCAAUUUUCAACAAUUUUAGAAUCUAAUUCUCUAAGCGUGUUUCGAGAGGUUGACGCGGUUUACGCGACAUUCGAUCGCUAAAUUGGCGCGGUUUCUCGAGGUUUUUCGAGGGAAGGGGAGAGAAGGAAGGAGGAGGGAUGAUACGGCCUCCCUUCGUCUCCGUCAAGCCUCCUUCUUUGGCCAACUGGCUUAAUUACGCCCCUAAUUGAACGUCAGACAAUCGAGGGAAAGAAGGAAAAAAGCGAGUGAAUUGGUCGUUCGCGACGAUACACAGCGAAUUUUCUUUUUUUCUUUUCCUUUUAGAGCCGCGGAGAGCAAACGAAAAGAUAAAAGAGCCACGAACGAUGGUCGAAAAAAAGAGAAAAGAAAGAACGUCGUUUUUUUUUUUUUUUUUUUUUAAAUAUCGUAUCGUAGGAAAACAGUGUCCUUGGUAAAUUGGACGAAUACCUCUCCGUUUCGCUUUUCGACUCCUCUUCCGAGUGCCAUCUUUUAUCUCCUAUUAUUCGUAAAUAGUUAAGUUUUAUCGAGAAUCGUGGAAAGCAGAAUAGUUGUAUUCAAAUUUCUCUUCUGUUCAUUUUCUAAAAGAGCCGUUGCGAUAUCGUAAGAAAUUUCUAGAUUUCAAUUACUUUUCAAUUACGUAAAGUAAACGUAGUAGGAUAGAGAUAUCGAUCAUCUUUGUUAUUCAUUACGACAAAAUGUUCGAACAUUCAAAUCUCUCAAGAUAUUCAAGAUCUCGUUAAAUUAAUAUGUUCUAAAAAAAAAAAAAAAAAAAAGAAGAUAGAAAACCAAAGAUACCCAAUCUCUCGACUCGCAUUAUUCGCUCGUCAAGAUUUUUCUCAAAAAUUCGUACGUGAUUAUGAUUACGUCUACUAUUCAUUUUCUAAAUUAAUUAAGUUUACUUAAUUUGAAAUAUAUCUCUCUCCUAAAAAGCAAAAAAAAAUCGAGGAUUACACGAAUGGAACGAGAUUGAAGAAACAUUGUAAAAACAAAAUUUUUUGUUUUUCCUUUUUUUUCUUUAUAUAUAUAUUUCUUUAUAUUAUGAUCCUGCCUCAUUUUUAUCAUAAAAAUGCCAAACUAUCGAAGGGAAAUUGGCGUCCAGGAUCAAAUCCUUCUCGAUAAUGAUGGACGACCGACUAAUAUAACGUGGAAUAUCACUUGCCCCGCGCGAUUCUAAAAGAAAAAAAAGAAGCAAAAAGUGGAAGAAAGUAGAAAAAUGGAGAAUUAUCGAUGAUGUUGAGAUUGUUUGUCAUAGUAUAUGCGUUAUUAUAUAUAAACAUAUAUAUAUAUAUAGCAUCGCGAUAUACGAUAUAGUAUAUGAAUAGUCGGAUUGCAAAAUGACCUUGGCCGGAACGACGAAGUUGAUCAGUCGAUGGAAGAAAAAACACGAUGAAAACGCACAUUGAAGACGUAGUUUUAACAUCUGUUAAAAUUAUCCUGACGUUGUUUCUUCAACUUUUUACUUACAAUUUUCUUUUUUUUUUUUUCAAUUUACGCGUUCUAUUUCUUAUUAUUAAUAUCGAUGUUAUUGUAACGAUUUGUUUUUUAAUCAUCUUUUCACCACUAUUAUCUUUCGAGUAAUUGUUAUUCAAAUAUAUUUUUCCUAUUUCGACAAAACGAUACGUAAAUUAAUAUUACGCGUUACAUUUAAAUAAUUGAAUCACACUAGAAAUGACCCUGAAAAAGACGAUUUAAAAUUUACUUAUUCUUUUCCUAUUUUACGUAGCGUAAAAUAAAAAAAGAAAAGGAAAAAACAGCGCGGAAUGAGAAAAUUAGAAAAAUAUUCCAUCUUUUUUCCAUUUGAACAUUGAUUUUCUUACCAUGGAUAAUUUUGAAAUUGAAACAAACAAUCAGUUGGAGAAUUUGACAACUAACGAUAAAAUUGGAAAAAAAGAAAUAUCGUCCGUUCUGGAAACAAAAUUUAAUUAACAUAAAGAAUUAGACAUUAAUUAAAAUCAGAAUAAUAUUAAAUUAACUUCGUAAUAACGUUAUGAAAUUAAAUUCAAUCUACAAUCUUCCAAUUACACUUCAGCAAACAUCUUCAUCAAAUCCAUUUUCUUUAAAUAUAGUAUAUAUAUAUACGAAUAUUUUGAUGAAAAAAGAAAAAAAGAUCAUGUUAUAUUUUCGAUCGAUCCAAAUAUUCUCUUCACGGGGCACGAAUCGCGAGGUCUCGAGUUAGAUUCUCAUCAAUUAUUCUCUUAGGUCUCCUAGUUUAUUAGCUUAUCCUCUUUUUCAUACUCAUCUUCGGCGUUCUUCGUCGACUCGAUCGAAUAUCGUUAUUUAAGAAUCCCGUACGAUGAUAUUUUGUGGUACGACGUCUGUUGUAAAUAGAGGCGCAUACACGCAUACGAAGAAGACAGAUGGAAAAAA